GGAAGCAAGAAAACAGAAUUACGUUACUAAACGCGAAUGUGAAGAUUUGUCAAAUUAGUUUCGUCAGUCUGCUCUACCUGCCCAGUAUGGGGGGUUAUUUUAUUGUCUACCAACUUGCCUGUAGCUGAUUUUAAUGUGCUGCUUUUCAACGGGUUUCCAGUGUCUUCAAGUUGCUAAACUCUUUUAUGGACAUAUGGGCAAAGGGCUGCAUUGCUAACGGCAUGGAGGUAAAGGAGGUCGAGGGCUGUUGUUGUGUAGUCAAAGUGUCAGAGGCUUUUUCAGCAAAGAAACCCCUGAGCUGCAGCGGAGUUAUCGUCCAUUCUCAGACUGGAACAGUUAUAUGCACCGGCGUCCCGUUUUCCCGUUUUAUUACCGACAAAGAGCCCCUCUCCACAGACCACAGGUUCCUGUCACCCCGCAGCUUCGGUGAAAAACUGAAAAUCCGCGUCAGCUUUUCUACUGAGCGAGAUUUGGACACCGACCAGCCCGCACGGGGAGAAGCAUUCUCACCCACCAGAAGUAAAACAACAUGGCAAAGGGAAGUUGCAGCCGAGUUGCUGAUGCUGGUGAACUGCCUGGAGUUCAAACAGGCUUUCCAAGCAGUUUUCCAGGAGGAUGACCAGUGGCGUUUCCAUGAUGAUGAAGAAGAUGAGGAGCUGAUCAGAGAUACCCAGAUCCUUAGCUGGUUCGCUGUACUCAAGGCAGAAUGUGUGCCGGUAAAGGGCAGUCCAAAUUUAGGGACUAUACUCUGGCAGAGCAGCUCAUCUCUCCAAAAAGGCUGCCCUGUUGUUGCAUGUGGCUCACCUUUCGGCUCCCUCUGCUUAGAUCUCUUCAUCAGCACCCUCAGCAGAGGUAUCAUCAGUAACCUCGCUGGGGAGGACAACGCUGUCAUCCUCACAGAUGCCCGGUGCUUGCCCGGCACAGAGGGGGGAGGUUUGUUUGUGGUGAAAGGCGCAGACAGUGUGUGUCUCACUGGACUGAUCGUGUCUCCAUUUGGUUGGAAGGCGAAUGAGUGGAUAGGCCUCACUCUAGUCUGCUCCGUUCACUUGAUCUUCAGGAACAUCAUCCACUGCGUGAGCUUUCAAGAUCCACUCCGAGAUGUUUGGCUCCAUCCGGGAGAGGCAGGCCUCUACAUGUCCACCGCAGCCCACGAGUCAAACGCUGUUAAAUACCCCACUGUGUGCCUUGUGGACAGUGGACAGUUCUGGGGCUCAGGGGUUGUUGUCACCUCUCAGCUGGUUGUGACCUGCCGGCACGUUGUCAACGGGAAGUCGACAGUCACCCUGAAGUUCCAUCACAGGGACAGAGUCCAUGAUAUUGUGGGUGAUGUGCUGUUUUCCACUAAAGCAUCUUCACCCUAUGAUUUGGCUUUGGUGCAGCUGAGUGACUCCACUACCGAGGCUGUGGUCCCCCGAAUGGCUCAGAGUUUCAAUCCAGGUGAUUCUGUAGUUGUGGUGGGGUAUGGGGGGUUGGGUCUGCGCUGUGGUCCGUCCCUGACCUGUGGUGUCCUCUCUAAAGCCAUUUGCUUGAAUGACCAGCCUGUCAUGCUUCAGACCACCUGUGCAGUACAAGCAGGGAGCAGCGGGGGUGCUGUGGUGCAGAAACACUCGGGAGAGCUGCUGGGUAUCGUGUCCAGCAACACAAGGGACUUGGCUGCCAAGGUGACUUACCCGCACCUCAACUUUUGCAUCCCAGUGACUAUUUUCCAGAGAUUGCUGCAGCACUUUCACCAGACAAAGGACGUUGAUGUGUUCAGGGUGUUGGACACCACAGAAGAAGAAGUCAUAAGGGUGUGGAGGCUACAAGGUGCUCAAAGCAAACUGUAAGGACCCCUGCACCUUGAGAUAUGGUAUAGAAAAUGGUUGGAUGGUUUUAUUUUAGAUCAUUUUAAUUUAUAGAUAAUCAAAUUGAAAUGUGUGAUUUUGUUUCUUUUUACAAAACUGGUAUUUUCAAAUAUAGUUUAAUACUGCAAUACCACAGAGACAGGCACAAAGUCACAGAUAUGAGGGAAUGCAAACAAAACAAGAAUCAUUCAUUCUUAAUGUUGAUACCCAGAGUCAUGCAGUAAACAAUGUGAAAUAUUUAUAAAAGACCAUGUUAACAGCUGAGUUAAAUUUACUUUAAUAUCUGUUGAGAUUGUUUUAUUGUACUGUAAUGUACAGUGAGGUAAUUAAAUUAAUAAAAUAGUUUAUUCUGGUGA